UAUUCCUACAAACUUUUCUGCACGAUAUAAUUUUACAUCAUCUGAAAUUGGUAUGUUCCUUAUCGCACCUUCUUUGGGGUUUAUGCUUGGAAGUUUUUUAGGAGGAAAAUACUCGGAUUUUUUAGCAAAGAAAUCAAUAUUAAAUUCCGGUGAAGAUUAUUGUCCUGAAAUAAGAAUAAAAAGCGCUUGGUUUGGCUCAUUAUUAAUUCCAGUAACUGGCUUCAUUUAUGGAUGGCUUUUAGACAUUAAUUUUAAUAUCUAUGUAUUGGCAAUUUUAAUAUUUUUAUGUUCAUUUGGAACGUUAGUCACAUUUAGCACAUUAUCUACAUACCUUGUCGAUUCAUGUCCUGGACGUGGUGCUUCAGUUAUGGCAUUAACUAGUCUUAUUAGAUUUUGUGUGCCUGGAAUUAUAAUGAUGUUUGAAACUUCUAUUGAAGAAAGGUUGGGUGUUCGUUGGAUGUUUGCUUUAAUAAGUAUA